AUGGAAUCUAACAGUAAACUUACUCUUUCAAAAACAUUAGAAAUUGCAAAGCAAGUUGAAAAGGCUAUACGUGAAGCCAAAUUGAUGGCUGGUGCGACACAGAGUGAAAAUUUAAGUGCUUCAGUGAAAUAUGUUUCUAAAUCUUCAAACGCUAGUGCCUAUAAAUUUACAAAUAAAACGCAUGUGAAACCAUCUGCAGGAAAAAAGGAUUUGAGGAAAUCUAGUACUAGUAAUUCGAAUAAUUUAAAAUGUUUUCGAUGUGGAUCUAAAAGUCAUCUUGCUAAUUCUAAGAAUAGUAAAGCAAGAACUGCAAAGUGUCAUAACUAUAAAAAGACAGGAUGUUUUAAUGCUUAUGUACAAUUUAAAGAUCAUUUUAUUAAUUCUGUCAUACAUGUUACGGAACAAGGUGUUUCUUUAUUAGGAUUAGAUCUUAUUAAUGCCUUAAAUUUAAUUUUUGAUGGAGGUCAAAUGGAAGUUAGAUUUACUGAUGCAAAUGGUGUUGAGUCUAAAGUUUCUAAGAAUUCUUUUAUUUUAGAUGAUAAAUUUGCUGAUUUUAAUGAUUGCUUUGGUGAAGAUACAGGUACCAUAAAGGGCUUUGUUCAUGAAGUUAAGGUUAAGAAAGAUGUUAAGCCGGUACAACAAAAAUUACGUAGAUUACCUAUUGCAGUUAAGGAUGCUGUUUCAAAAGAACUUAAGCGAUUAGAGUCUACUGACACAAGUUUAUUAGACAUACAUUUCAUAUCACGAAGAAUAUUUAAACCAUCGGUAGGGGGAUAG